UAUAAAUGGAGAUAAAUAAGUAAUGAAUGCAACAUUCGUUCCCAGUUCGUUCCCUAGAAAUAGGUCUAAUUGCAGAAGAAGCGGAAUAUAAGGCUCAAAAUCCGGCCCAGCUACACAAAUGGUAUCUUUAAUUUUACGAACAUGAGCAAGUCGUUUUCCGGCCUAUCGAUAGGAUCAAUGAAGACAAAAAAAAACUUUUGAUCAAACACCUUUGGAAUGUUACAAUGGGCUAUUCAAUAUAGUUGCAAACUGAAAAAUAUAUUCUUGAGUAUUUUGGGUAUCAGUAAACAUACAGACUAAAGUAUUGUCCUUUUUGUGUUUCCAAAAGGUACAAAGUGUGAUCUGAUUUAUGCAAACAUCAUGUUUUUUCGUGAAGCCUUUCUUUCGGGGCUAAUCAAAUUAAACAUCCGAAUGUCCGGCUGUUGAUGCCAUUCCUUAUUAAUGAAUUUUCCUUUAAGUAACAUAUCGUCAUUAAUCUUGUCUCGAGAAAAAAGGCAUUUUUUCUCUUUUUCUCUCUUUUCAAGCAUUGUAUACCAGAUUUCUAUUUUUGUUGAUCCCUUAAGCAAGAUGUCGGUUUCAAUAGCUGAGCCAACUUUGACUUCAAUUUUAACAGCAUCACCAUUACCUUCAACAAAUAUAUCAAGCACAAUUACAUCUUCUUUCUCUUCUACUGCAACCUCUAGCUCAGCAACCUCUUCAUCAACUACAACAACAAAGGUUCCGGGAUUCGAUAUAUCAUUCAAUGACACCACCGCACAAAAUUAUGUAAAUGAUGCCAAACACCCAGCAGAUAUUGGUACACAAUUUACUAUUUGUUUUAUUGCCGGCUUAAUCAUUUUCCUCACUUUUUGUAUCUUUAGAACGAGAGUGCCCGUCUUGUUUUCUCCUCGUUCCAACAUGAAGAGACACAAACCUCCAGAAUUACCAACAUCGCUGUUUGGUUGGAUUUGGCCUUUACUCAAAAUCGGCGAUGAAGAGAUGCUAAACAAUGUCGGGUUAGAUGCUUUACUGAUGUUAAAGUUCAUUGCCAUGGGCAUCAAAAUAUUUGCCAUUUUAUCACUUUUUGGUCUGGUUGUCUUUUUUCCUAUCACACUUACUUCUGAUUAUACACACGGCAACACAACAGCUCUUGAACGACUAUCCAUCAAUGUGAUUGAAGAAGGAUCAGGCAAAAUUAUUGCUUAUUUGGUCUUUGCUUACCUGUUUACUUUUAUCACUUUUUUCUUUCUGAAUCAUCAUUAUAACGAGUUUAUUUAUUUGCGUGCCAAGUUCUUACUAAAUCAGUCCAAGAUGCUUGUUUCUCGGUCUAUCAUUGUUACAGGAAUUCCUGAACAUCUUCAGUCGGAUCAAGCAUUGGCUGAGUAUUACGAAAACCUAAAUAUUGGUGCCGUCGAAAGUUGUUACGUUGUACGAACUGUCCACCGGAUUGAUACGCUUAUCAAAAAAAGAGCACAAGCGCUGAUACAUUUGGAAGAAGCCUAUGCAAAGUAUUGGGGAAAUCCAUGUCGAAUCCCAGGUUAUGAUCCUGAUCGUAUCUUGGAUGAUGUUGAAAUGUACAAAAAAGUACUUGACUUAGCCGAAAAAAGACCGGACAGCAGUAGCGAUGAAGAAGCCGAAGAAGAAAAAGAUCGACAAGGAUUAAAUAGCCCAUUUUCCAGCCUGAGACGAAAGACGAGAAUAGGAACAACUACCUUUUUUAAAGGUUUGGUGGAACCUACAUUAGGUUUGAAAAAAGAUCAAGUUAAAUCAAAACGGCCAACGGUCCGAACUGGCUUGUUUGGCUUGUUUGGUAAAAAAGUGGAUGCAAUUGAAUACUAUACAAAGCUUUUUGAUGAUUUGGACAAGUCUGUGAUGGAAUCUAGACAAUCACCAAAUUAUGAAAUGACCAACGUUGCUUUUGUUACAUUUGAAGAGAUGAGCAGUGCAUUGAUUGCCUCUCAGAUUGCCAUAUGUCCUGAACCACUUACACUUCGCACCAGUGUGGCAUGUGAACCAAGAGAUAUUUUAUGGAGCGCUAUUGCUAUUCGUGGCCGAGAAAGAAUUUUGCGGGAGAUAAUUAUUUGGGUCAUUACUGUAUUACUGUGCUUAACUUGGACUAUUCCUGUGAGUGCUAUUUCCUCUUUACUCAGUAUUAGCACAAUCAAAAAAAUUAAUCCAUCAGUGGGUGAAACUCUCGAGAACAGUUCUGUGGGCAAAUUAAUUUUUUCUUCAUUUAUUCCUCCCCUUAUUCUUAACAUUUUUACUUCUGUCUUGCCUCUCUUUUUUGAUGCUAUGGGUUAUUAUCAGGGAUUAAAAACUCGUAGUGCUGUUGCCGAAGCUACUUUGAGCAAGCAAUAUUUUUUCUUAAUUUUCUUGGUUCUCAUCUUUUAUUCUAUUGUUGGAACUACUGUUUUAACUCUGAUUUCUACUUUUACAAACGAUCCUAAAAAGAUUCCCACUUUCUUGGCUGAUGCUCUCCCUAGUUUUGCUCCAUUUUUUAUCAAUUAUACAAUUCUUCAAGGCUUCUUGGUAAUGCCAUUGAACUUGUUAUUGAUUGGUUCUAUUAUUGUAAGAGGAUUCAGCUAUUUGUUUAUUUGUAGCACACCCAGAGAAUAUGCAGAGAAUCGAGCACCCACAUCGUUUAAUUAUGGUAUUGGUUAUCCUGCUCCUCUAUUGGUAUUUGCAAUCGUGUUUGAAUACUCGCUUAUCAAUCCAUUGAUCUUACUUUUUGGCACUGUUUAUUUCUGCUUCACAUAUUUGGUAUACAAGUAUCAAUUCUUAUAUGUUUAUUUUAGACCUUAUGAGGCUGCAGGUAGAUUAUGGACAAUGGUCAUUCCUCGUAUUAUUUUCACAAUGGUUUUAUUCCAAUUGACCAUGAUGGGGCUUUUUAUCUUGAGAGGGUCUUACAUAUUGGCAGGUCUUGUUGUGCCAUUGGUAUUCUUCACAUUCUUGUUCCGAUACGUCUUGAACUGCGCCUAUGAACAAAAUGGUCAAAAUCUUCCAAUGCAAUUACUUAGAGACAACAUCAAACAGCAGCCUGAAGUCUCUGAUGAUGACAGCGAAAGUGAUUCCGAGCUUAAAGAUAGAGAAAUUCAAGAUAAAAGUCAACACUCUGACAAGAGUACAAGCACAUCAACCAUGCUUCAAGAAAAUCAAAAGAAAGCAGAAAUUAGAAAUCGUUGGAAAAAAGCUGCUUUGUCUGCAGCUAAUUUGAAAGAGAAUCCAGUACCUAUUGCUCCCACAACAACAGUCAAUGAAGACAAAGCAGAUGAGUUAUUACUUGUUCGGCCACGCCACCGAAAAGUGGUACUGGAUGAAGAUGACUAUGAAGCAGUUCCUGAUCGCUUGACCGAUUAUCGUCAGCCGCCUAUGCAAUUGACUUUUGGUCUCUUGGAUGCAGGUUUAAAAACCUACGGUAAUCCUCUAUUGGUAGGUGUUCUUCCUCAGCUUUGGUUACCUGUCAAGGAACCUGUCGAAGGUGAAAAAAAGAAGCAACAGAAGCGUCGUCGUUCAGAAUUGCUUUACCAAGGCGACUCCCAAGGUGGAUCACUUGCACAACAUUUGGCUGAAAUCUUGAGAAAAGUAGAAAACGAUAAAAAGAAUAGCGAAUCAAAAGCUCAAGGCACAGAUAACAAAACACAGCAGCAAAACACAUUAAUUGAAGAGUCGCGAAAGUCUGCAACAAACGAUGCUGCAUCUAUUGUUUCAGGUAAACGCCCUCAUCCAAAGAUAUCAGCCCUAAGGUCCAUGUUCCAUCGAGGUGUUAUCAAGCAAUCCAAUGUGGAUAAUACAAGCUCACCAACACCUGCAGAGGUUGUUCGCUUACAACAUUUGGAAGCCAGUGAUGAUGCUAUGGAUUCGGUUGAAAAGGGACAACUUCGUCAUGAAGACAGCAGCAAUAGUAGUGUUAAAUCUUCAGUAAAAUCACUCCACAAGAUUUAUUAUCACCACCCAGAACGUAAAAAGAGAGGUCGUGCACACUCUGGUCUUAGACCUGGGAUGGAGUCGGCUAGAGCUAGCUCACCAGCUAUCGUUUCUGCCUUGAAUAACGAUGAGGGCCAUGGAAGUGAAGAAGACAUUGGAAGUUCAAUAGGAAGGCUUGAUGCCCGUAAAAGAUUAAGCAGUGAUCCCUUGAUUAAAAAUUAGAUAGAAUGUAAAUAAAUUAUUGUACUUUUAAGGCAUGGAAGUGAAUAGAGAUUAUUACGUAAUGCAUGUACAUAUAUGUAUGUGCUCAAAUAAAAGUUUUUAUAAUUCAAU